AUGUACACAAGGACUCCCAGCUUCAACCGUUUGGUGCCCAACUUUGGUUCAUUGAACCUGCCACUCACUGUCAAGGGUCGCAACUUCCCCAUGGGCAUCGCCAAUGCGUCGCAAGUGCAGUGCUUCUGGUCUCUCACGCGAGUGGUGACAGCGGGAAUCUUGCUGUCAGAUACGGAGCUCCGGUGCUUCUCCCCCAAUCAGCUGCCCAUCAUUCAACUGACGGGACCUUUGGGCUCAGUGGAUCAUCUCUCCAGCAUCUCCUUUGACAAUGGCAGGAACUUUCAUCCCGUGGCUGCUGAGGGCUUGGCCUUCACGAUCCUUCAUCGUGGAAGCGGUCCAUUGGCGGCUUUGUUGGCACCCACCAGCGUCUUGGUCGGUCGAGGUGAGACGAUUUCACUCUAUGGUGGUGACUUCAUGGCGCUGCGCCAGCUUGCACCAGCCUUUGGCUACUGCACGUUCUCCUGGAAUGUGACGUUCCCCUAUAACCUGACCAACGACACAGGCGUCCGGACGGCCACUGCAGUCUACAUCUCACAGCGAGAAAUCCAGUGCCAAGUACCUCUGGAUUUGCCGCCGGCCACGCAUGCCGUGCAGCUCUUCUUUACCCAAGGAUCUUCCACCUUUGAGGCCCGCUAUGGCAUUCCGCCAGGGGAGCCGUGGCUGAAUCUCACUGUCUUCCCUUCCUUUGCCAUCUAUGACCUGGAGCCAGCUUGGGCUCCUCGGGGUGGCUUUUGGCAGAUCUCCGUGAAGGGCAGUCGCAUCUUGCCUUUGGAGGACCGAUGGGUUGCGUGGGUCAGGAGAGUUACCAAUGUACCUUUGGCCAUGCGCCGACCACGCCUGCCGUACGAGUCUCUUUGCAUGAGUGGGAUGGCGCGCAGCCGCUCCCCGAAAGAACGGAAGAACGGUUCCGGCGCUUCCCAAGCUGCGGAGUGCAGUGGCAUGAGCUUGGAGGGCCGCCGGGCGCUGGUCACUGGGGGCUCCAAGGGCAUCGGCCGCGCCACGGCGGAGCUGUUGCUGAAGCUGGGAGCCGAGGUGGCGAUUUGCGCGCGGGGCGAUUCUGAGCUUCAAGCGGUACGAACGUCGAGCGGUGCGGCCGAGCGCUGUCAUGCCAUCGUGGCAGAUCUGUCGACCGAAGAGGGCGUCAAGGACUUGAUGGCCAAGCUGCCCUGGAAAGAACUGGACAUCUUGGUGAACAACUGUGGCACCAACAUUCGCAAACGAGCGGAGGACUUCGAGCCGGAGGAGUUUCGAAAAAUCUUUGAUACCAACUUCAUGUCCUCCAUGUGGCUCUCAAGAGCCGCCUUACCUUUACUGAAGUCGGCUGCGGAGAAGGGCAAGCCAGGUGGUGCAGCCGUGGUGAAUAUCAGCUCCGUGGCCGGGCGGACGCAUAUCCCUUCCGGCUUUCCGUAUGCGGCAUCCAAAGCCGCGAUGGAUCAAAUGACCCGGAAUUUGGCGGUGGAAUGGGCCCGCUUCGGCAUCCGCGUCAAUGCCGUGGCGCCCGGAGUGAUUGAGACGCCCUUGAUCAAGACAGCGAGUCCCAUUUACGUCGCCGACUUUAAGGAACGGAAACCGCUCAGUCGUAUGGGUCAAGUGAACGAGAUUGCUCGGCCCAUCGCCUUCUUAGCUUCGGAGAGUGCGAGCUUCAUCACUGGGCAGAUCUUAGUCGUAGAUGGUGGCUUCACAGCCACCUGCUUCAAUAAGGUCCCCAGCUAUUGGGAAGACCAGUAG